AUGCUUCAUAAGCUCGCGGAUUCUUUAGUGACAGAUAUAUUAUCAUUUCUACCACAGUCGGAUAUUCUUUCAACAUUACAAGUAUCUCGGAGACUAUAUGAUUUGUCUAUUACCAAGUUAUACAAAAGGAUAUGUAUAAGAAAAGAUCCGGUAUAUCAUACAGAUGAAUGGUUCAUUGAUAGUAAAUGGACUACAGUCUCAGGAUAUAGAUCAUCACAUAGAAGGGAAGAUCAGAAUGAUUACAUUAUUUACUUAAAAUUAGAAAGACUCAUUGAAACUUUACAAAAUACUAAACAUUCAUUAUUGAUUAAAGAGGUUUCAAUAUUAGGUGAUGUUUUCCAUUAUAAAGAAGGUGAAGAAGUGUUGAGAAGAUUUAUUUUUACUUUAAGUGAAAGAGCUAAAUGCAUUGAAAUAUUAGAUGCUAAUUCUGAUCUUGUUGAUAUUUCUAAAUUUCCAAAUUUAACUAGAGUGGUGACAGAUAAUGUCAAUAAAUUACAAAAUACAUCCAGAUUAAAAAGUCUAGUUAUUGACUUACCGGGUAAUAUAGAUGAGACUUUAAUCAAAACCAACCCAAAUUUUACAAAUCUAAGAGAACUUGUAUUGGAAGAUGAAGAAUUUGCAGCAUUAAGAAUAUUAAAGAUCUUUUCAGAAUCUAAGAUUCCAAAACUAUCAUUGAAAAGACUAACAUUCAAUCAUGUUCAUGGCUUACACAAUUAUAGUACAGUUUUGAGAGAAUUAACAAUCAAAUUCAUUGAAGAAUGUGUUGAUUUAUCAAAUUUAGAAGAAUUAGAAAUGUCAAUUGGUUGUGAAGUUCAAAAUUGUGAUUGUCUUGAUACAUUUCUGGAUGAUUUAGCACCAAUGUUAAACAGUAUCAAAAAAUUAUCACUGAAGGAAACAACAUUUCAUAGAGAUCAUUAUAUUUCUGAAAAAUGGGAUAUAAACAUUAAUCGAUUUUUAUUACAUCUUCCUAAAGGUCUUAAAUAUUUAUCAAUUCGUCAUAAUCCACCAAGAGAUGGAAAAUUAGAGAAUAAUGUUGAAGGGAAUUAUAUUAGAAGAAAAACACUAUAUCAAAAAGUUCUUCCAACUUUAACAUCAUUAGAAACUGUUAUUUGCCCAACUUUAUUACAAACAUGUGCAUGUUAUGAGAUUUUAGUUUCAGAUUUAUUAUGGAAUGGGUGUGAAUGUUCAUAUUGCAAAGAUGUGUUGGGCCUAUUCGAUGAAUAUCUUAUGAAUCAUCAAUAUUAUGAUGAGGAAGAUACGGAGUUCAAAGAUGUUAUUUCACCAAGAUUUUUCGGUAUAGCUGGAGUUGAAUUAUUAGCACGUCUUCAAAACAAAUCAGAUCUUGAUGUGUUAAGUUAUGCACCGGGUCAAAAUUAUUGGGAUUUCCAUGGGUAUGAAACAAUUGAACAUUUCAACGAUUAUGAAUGUAUGUUUGACGAAAGUUUUUUUGAACCUUUAGCUGUUUGUGUUUCACAUUUUUAUAAAGGUUAUCUGGAAUUUUUUGUUGAUAAUUUACCAAACUUGAAAACCGUUGUUCUCUCAGGAUCCCACUUCAUCGUGGACAAACAUGAGAACUUCAGAUGUGUAUAUGACAAUCCUAAGCUAAUAUGA